UGCAUUAAUACAUACAAAUAAUUAAAAAAAAAUCAUAUAUAAUAUAUUUUGCAAACAGAUAUUUAUCUUAAAAACCGGACUGCAAUGGAGGUCAAAACAAUUUUUAGAAUUGCAGAAUUUAUAAUUUGUGUCGUACUCUUCAUACUAUGGUAUGCCUUAGGUGAAUUUGCAGCACGUGCAAUAAUAGUGAUGCUCAUUUGUGGCACAAUAUUUGGCCUCACCAUAAUUACAGCGGUAAUGGUGGCACAUGAAUUUGCUGAAUUUAAUGAAGUCAUCGUCUAUUUAAUUUUGGGCGCAAUACUCUUUCUCAUCUGUGGUGGACUGACUGUUGGCAUCUUACCCGCUGAUGAAGAUGGUCGGCUGGCACACUUUAUUGCUGCAGCGUUAUUCCUCGCUAAUGGUAUUAUAUUCCUAAUUGAUUUUAUUAUGGCAUUGAAAAAAUAAUUUGUGAGCAAUGUUUUUUUAUUACAACAAAAAUGUAUACAUAUUUGAAUUAUAUACUUACUUUGUUUACACCGAG